AUGCGUUCCUUCCAGCUCCUCGGUCUCGCCGCUGUCGGCUCCCUCGUGUCCGCCGCCCCGGCCCCUUCUCUGACCAAGAAGGACUCUUCUUGCACCAUCACCUCCGCCGCCGAGGCCACCGAGAGCGUCAAGGGCUGCUCCACCGUCGUCGUCAAGGACGUUGAGGUCCCCGCCGGUGAGACCCUCGACCUGUCCAAGGUUGACGAUGGCACCACCAUCACCUUCGAGGGUACCACUACCUUCGGCUACAAGGAAUGGAAGGGCCCUCUCAUCCGUAUUGAGGGUAAGUCUCUGACCGUCAACAUGGCCGAGGGUGGCCUCAUCGACGGUGAUGGCUCUCGCUGGUGGGACGGCAAGGGCACCAACGGUGGCAAGAAGAAGCCCAAGUUCCUGUACGCCCACAAGCUCGAGGACUCGACCAUCUCCGGCCUCAACAUCAAGAACACCCCUGUCCAGGGUGUCUCCGUCCAGGCCACCAACACCCUGUUCGAGAACAUCCACAUCGACAACUCCGACGGUGACUCCAACGGCGGCCACAACACCGAUGCUUUCGAUGUCGGCGAAUCCGACGGUGUCCAGAUCCGUGGCGCCGUUGUCAAGAACCAGGACGACUGCCUGGCUAUCAACUCCGGAAAGAACAUCGAGUUCAGCGGUGCGACCUGCUCCGGCGGCCACGGUAUCUCCAUCGGCUCCAUUGGCGGCCGUGACGACAACACCGUCAGCAACGUGACGAUCGCCGACUCGACCGUCACCAACUCGGACAACGGUAUCCGCAUCAAGACCAUCGUCGACGAGACCGGCGACGUUUCCGGCGUCACCUACUCCAACAUCGAGCUCUCCAAGAUCCACAAGAAGGGCAUUGUCAUCCAGCAGGACUACAAGAACGGCGGCCCCACCGGCGAGCCCUCCAACGACAUCCCCAUCAAGGACAUCACCCUCGACGGCAUCACCGGCUCCGUCGACUCCAGCGCUGUCCCCAUCUACAUCCUCUGCGGUUCCGGCAGCUGCACCGACUGGACCUGGUCCGGCGUUGACCUGUCCGGUGGCAAGGACUCCUCUUGCAAGAACGCUCCUUCCGGUGUUUCUUGCUAA